CCGCCAGUCUGCCUCUGACCGCCGCGAAGUCCACUCGGCGAAGCAAGUGAAGCGAAGUGACUUUUUGAAGCAAAGAUGUCUUCGCUAACAUCCUUUUCGCUCCUCUGCGUUCUCUUCGCCCUCGUCCUCCAGGCCUCGAGUCGUCCUCAGGACCUGAACUCGGAUGCCGAAGACUUUGGCGAAUUCGUCGUCCCUUCAGAGAAACAGGGCUUCAUCAUCGGCGACAUAACGGUGUUUUCAGACCAUGUAAAUGUGGACAGACCCAAGAAGAAACCCCCACCCCCCGAAGAAGCCAAGGGACCUCGCACUCUCGCUCUCGUCACAGGCCCUGAGGAAGGCCAAGUGGGCGUGGCCUCAGCAGCAUCUCCCGGGAUAAGCAUCUCUGGGGCCAGCAUCACCUUCAACAGGCCGGCCAGAGUGGAGGAGGUUUAGGAUCGUCGAUGGUGAUGAUGGUGGUGGUGAUGAUGGAAGAGGAGGAAAGGAGGAAAGGAAGAUGGUGAUGAUGGUGGUGGAGAAGGAGAAGAUAGGGAGGAACGGAAGAUGGUGGUGAUGAUGAUGAUGAUGGAGAAGAUAAGGAAGAUGGUAAUGAUGGUGAUGGUGGUGGAGAGGAGAAG